UAUCAUUCUUAGAUGUCGAGUUUACCAUUUAGUCAAGUAUUUAUGCCCGAUUUAGGAUUAUACCGCAGCUAUUUCUUAUGGCGGUUAAAGAACGUUUCCAUUAUUAUUAAUCACAAAUUCCGUAUUCCUUUUUCCACACUUUUUUUUUUUUUUGAAUAAAAAAAAGAAUUGAAAUCGGUUAGGCUUGGCGAGCAGCUUCUUUGCGAUACUCGUAUAAUUUUUGUUUUAUACAAGAUUAAUUAAUUAAAGGGAGAGUUGCUACGUUCAAGAAACAGAUAGAUGCUUUAGGGAGUGAGAGUCCUAGUGCGAAGGAUAUAUGGAAGAAGACGUUACAAAGCACAACGUAGGUUCACCUGCAACUUCACAGCAAACUGUUUCUGAUGAUGAUGAAAUAGACUACUCCAUGAAGCCAGAAUUCUAUGAUCCAGAUCUCGAUGAUAAGGAUGAAUCAUGGAUGCAUAAAAGAAGAGGAGGGCGUACUUCUGAUGCUGUGCUUAGUUGCCCAGCUUGUUUUACCAGUCUUUGUUUUGAGUGCCAAAGAUUUUGUAGGCAUGAGAAGUACGUGACCCAAUAUCGAGCAAUUUUUGUUGUUAAUUGCAAGAUUGGAACUGGAAAAAUAAGACAGAACAAUGUUAAGUCAGGAAGGGGCAAAAGGAGGAGAGAAUCUGGGGAGGAUGGAACAGAUGCUGGUGGUGGUGAGACAUUCAAGCCAGUCAACUGUGCGAUCUGCUCAACAGAGGUUGGCGUAAUGGGCACUGAUGAGGUUUAUCAUUUCUUCAAUGUUAUCCCAAGUGAGUCUUGACAUUUUCGGUCAUUUUCAUAUUGGGAUGAGCUGAUUAUCUCAAGUUUCUACUAUGAUAAAAAAAACCUUCUACUGAAUGUUUAUGUUCCCUGAACUCCUUGAAUGAAUGUGAUGUUUGUUGUUGUAAAUCUAAUGUCUCCUCUUUGGGACUUCUCUCUA